ACUCCAACAUGACGAAUUUCGAUCAACUUCUGGACACUGAAUCCUUUGAAAAACAUGUCCGAGUUAAACGUGAUAAUCCAGACUUCAAUGAAGUCAUAAAUCCAAUACCCGAUGAGCACGAAGUACAUCUCCAAAAAAUCUCCAUGGACGACGACAAUUCGAUAUCAAAAAAUAAUUUCGAAGAUGUUUACCCCGAUUCGGCUGGACUAAUCGACUACGAUACGCCAAUCGCGCGUGUUCUGAAGACAAAACGAGAAGUGAGAAAGGAUUCACCUCCACUAGCUGAUAAAAAUCUCGAGUGCCCGAAAACACGGGAGAAACGCAGGAAAAGUUCCAACAAGAUUGGAGACUUCAGCGAUGUCCACGAGAAUGAGUUAGUGAAGAGCAAAUUGAAUUUGAAAACGAUACAAACAAGAUCCAUCGAGGAAGCCAAAGAGCUCGCUAGCAAAUUAGUUGCCAAGGUUAACGAAAUUGAAAAUUUAAUGGACGGUUCUCCAUCGCCGGUCUCAUGGAAUCAAACGAAAGCUCGAAUUAUGGAUCAAGUUUUGAGACCUGAGAGAUUCGCUAAUUAUUCAGAUAGCUAGAAAUUCAAAGUUGAAUCGACCAAAGAAAAUGAAAAAACGACGCAACCAAAGAGCCCGCAGGCGAAAUCACAGGAAGAAACGAAAAUCCCACAGAAAAUGGGAUCGAUGGAGCGAUUGGAGCAGUUGCAGUGUGACAUGUGGCAAAGGCAGGCAAAUUCGAUGGAGACACUGCAUUCGAGAUUGUACAACAGCAGAAACCGAAAUGGAGGAAAAAAUAUGUCAAUUGCCUGCCUGCGCUCCGGGCAAAUUCCUUGGCAUCUUUUAACAAUGAAUUUUGAUAGUAUUAUGUACUUAUUAUAUAACUCUACGUACACUGACCUUGAAAUAACUAUUUUGAAUAAGAUUUUUUAUGAAAAUAAUCAUCCCCCCUGGACUCUCGUUUUUUUUCCUCUCCUCUUCUUUAAUCAAUUCUCGUUCUCUCAUUUCGAAUAUGAAAUACACAACGUAUUGUACAUAAUAAUAAUGUUAAACACACGAAAUCAUCACUAUCAUCGUCAUUUUCACAAUAUCAACGAGUGCCGGCUCUAUAUCUCAUUCAUUUAUUCAUUUUUAUUUUGAAAAUCUUAAAAUAUACAAAUUGUUACUUUGUUUUAUCAUCAAUUUAUGGGCAUAGGCGAUGUCGUUCCUUUAUUCACUCUUUCAUUUUCAAUUGGAAUAAAUCAUUUUUGGAAGAAACAGACCCUCUGUUUCUUCAUCACAAUUUUUAUUCACUCAUUUUGCGGUUAAUCGCGAGAAUAACACUCUUAUCAUUACAAGAAAAUAACGCGACUUUUCUAAUUACCAAUUCAUUGGGCAUCAUUACUGUAUUGACUCGGUGACUUGUUUUUCUACGAAAAGUUUCGCCGAUCACUGUGAUACAACAAUUAUUCGCUCAUACUGGCAGAAAAUAAAAUAACAAAAACAUAAUAACUAGUAAAAGAAAUGGAAUUUCCAGUGCUUUUUAAAUUUCAUUAUUUAUACAUAUAUAAAUUUUAUUAAUUGGCAGUAAAAAAUUGCGCUCUAUCGCAUGACCAGGGACAGUGGUCACUAACUCUGGGGCUUCUAUUAUUUUUCACUUUCAUCCAUAAAAAAUUGAGCUCAAAUCAUGAUCAAAUGGUGCGUGACAAAAUGUGUCGACUUCUCCAAAUUUUUAUCUCCAUCAUCUACUUCUUUCGAUUCAAAUAACACAAAAAAAAAUAAAUUCGCUAGACUCAUCGUUGUCUUCUUGUUUCCAUUUAUGAAGGAA